CAAGUUGACGUCAUCGUGCCUCAAUAGAGCCUCCGCCCAGUCGACAGUUGUCCUCAAGUUCAAAGCAGCGAUGAUCACAACAACACCAGCUGUGCCGCAACUAUCGGCGCAUUGUACCUCUAUAGCUGAAUAGCGCCAAAUGGUGUUACCGAAGAGGUAGAUCUAGAAGUGAUAGCCUCUCUAACAACAUUACUAACAACCUUGCUUCUCCUCUGCUGUGGAAUCAUCGACAACGGUAGUUACGAACCCUCUGAAGCCUCUGAUCAACCACACUUGGUCGCCUAUCUAAACACCGAGGUCCCUUGUACGGCGCCUCUCGUACUCUCGUAGCCUUCGGAUCUCUGACCCCUGUGGGGGACCUUACAAAGCUGGGAAAACAUGAAGCGUAGUGCAGAGUCAGACUCACCUUCUAAAAGGUCAACGCGGCGUAGGAGGCGGGAAGGUGAAGGGGAUGCAAAUACCGAUCAAACGGGUGGUCAGCAGGAGGUGGGCAGUGCAGCUGAAACCGUCUCUUCUGCUGUUGCCUCGUCUGCUAAUGGUGAUUUGUCGGUUGCGACCGCUCCAGCAGCUGCGGGACGCGGCUCUGUCGCCGCGGCAGCACAUCCGGGGAGUACUCAGCAGCAAUCGACGUAUCCACAGCCCAGAAACUUUGCAGAACGGUUGAUGUGGGUGUUGGAGAGCAACGCUGCUCCGGAUACAAUCUGGUGGGAAGAGGAUGGACAGGCGGUGGCACUUCAUGUGGACAAUCUCAAGACGGGGGAUGUGUUGAAUCAGCACUUUCAGGGCAUCAAAUACAAGUUUUUCAUUCGCAAUUUCAGCCGAUGGGGAUUUCGAAGAAACACUGCUUACACCGUCCCUUUUGGUCAGUUCCAUUACCGAAACAGCUUGUUUCAAAGGGACUCUCCAAACCUUGUAAGACACAUGAGGAUGGAUUCUGAUGUUCAGGACGUGUUUACUCGGCAUCAGGCGGCAGAAGACCAGGCUAGGACUCGUAGAAGGAACCCUGCUGCCGGAGAGCCAACACCAGCCCCAUCCACUUCAAAUACCGGUGCGGGGGCCAAUCAGUUGGCUGUUGCUGCUGCUUCGUUGGCCAACCCGCCAGCAGUCGCUGCAGCUGCAAAUCAGAAUAAUGAUGGUCAAGCAGCCCAAGCAUUAUCCAAUAUUCAGCAGUCUCCAGGAAACGUUCCCUUCAAUUUUUCAACGAUUCUUGCUGGCAUGGCUCUUGCUGCACAAUCGUCUGGGCUGCAGCAGGCACAACCUGCAGCUGCACCUGCCGCAGCACAGCAGCCUGCUUCUUCUCAACAGAAUAGUAGCGCACAACCACAUCCGACAGCGGUCCAUAACUUCCUGCUCCAAUUGAUCCUCCAGCUCGCACAGGUUUAUUUGCACCUACCGCCGUCGCCUUCUCAAUAUAGCGCGGCCAUUACUUCCAGUCUCCAGCUCCUGUACAUGACCGGUCAACCAUAUUUGCAAAUGAAUCCGCAGCAGCCCGAUCCUUCGACCGCGGCAGCUUCUCUCCAGCAACUGGCACAGGCCAUGUCGGUCUCCGCGGUCAGUACACAACAUCAGCCAACCAUGAAUCUUUCGCCAGAGGCCUCCAUGAUGCUCCUCAUGACCUUCCUGUCACAGCAGCAGCAGCAACCGCAACUUCCGCCCCAGCAACAGCCUCAAAAUCCAUUUCUGCCGGCGCCUGUCCCUCAAAAUCCAUUUCUCCCGGCGCCUGUCCCUCAAGCAUUGGCUGCUCCGAACAACAUUGCGAAUCUAGCCGCUUUGUUUCAGCCACAGCCUCCACAAUUUCCGAACUUGUCGCAGCAGCAGAAUUUGCAGCAACGAAACGUGGGAGUUCCUCCGCCAGCAGCAGCUCCGGCACAACCGAUGGGUGGUCAGACAGCACUGCAACAGCAGCAAGAUGCGAUGCAGCAAUUCAUGUUGGCACUGCAACAGCAGUCGGGAGCGCCGCCACCUCAAGAUGGCGGCCAGGAUGACAAUGAACGCAGCGACGGACAGGGUACUUAAUGAUUCAUUCAGCUUCCGGCUAAAAAUAAAAAUGUCCUUUUUGUUUCUUGGGGAGAU